UGAACUUAAAACAUCAUCGKACUGCACUAACCGUGGGAAAACCAAAGCAUAGGACGCUGAACGGGAAACGUUCAUAAUACAGAUCUGAACAAACAAGUAUAGAGAUCAUUAAGGCAUGAUGGACAGCUUAAAGAUAGGAGCCGUUUUUCUUCUUGUAAUUUUGGUCCCUACCACCAUCACGAACAGCAUAGAUCAAGAUUUUGCGUCAGCUCCGCACAACGUAACCGCGUCAACUGACGGUGGUGAUUUUAAAUCUUACAUUACCUUAACCUGGUUAGAACCCAAACGUAUUAACGGCACGAUCACCAGCUAUAURAUAYUGUACGGCAGAACUGAUGGCAUUUCUGGUAACCWUAKUACAAUUGCUAAUUCCAAUAAAAGAAGUGUUACUAUCUACCACCUUCUGCCAUACCGAUACUACACACUAUAUAUCAGAGCCAAAACGUCUCUUGGUCAUGGGCRGUGGAGUUCUCCUGUSACURUACGGACCCCUGRWGGAGGUACCUGCUCUCUGUAGAGUAAUAAGGCAAUUGCACUAACAGGUCACGCGACCAUACCUCCCUUAAAACUAGUAGUCGUUCAAUAGUCUCAUUCAUAUUCCUGCACCCUUGAAAGGUAGCCCUGCCUUUGCAUCGAAGUGAGAGAAACGGUGAGCUUGCAAUGAUAGAGGCGUGUGAAAUAAUUGUCCAAGGUGUUAAAAAAGGUCUAUAUCAUUGCAAGCUCACUGUUCGUCUCGCUUUGAUGCAAAGGCACGGCUACCUUUCAAGAUGCUGCAUUUUUUAAACAUUUCGGUGACGCAUUGCAUUGCAAUCUUACUUGACAACCGUUUCGGCCCACGUUUAUCGUAUUUUGUACCAAGGAAAAGAAACAGACAUUAUGAGAUGUACAGAAUUUGUAAUUUUCGUUCUUAUUUGAUUCUUGAUACCUCUAUUCCUUUUCGUUGUAAAAUUUUGUUUGCCUAAAUAACACU